AUGCCUCCAAAGAAGAAAGCCAGACUGAAGCUUGAACAAAAUAGUGUCUUUGUUGUCACAGCGGCAACCACCAAAGAUCAAAUUCCAAACGAUGUUACGAUUGUCCGCGUUGAUGAAUCCGUUCGCGUCCUUCCUGACGGGAUCUUCGAGUAUUGCAUCGCAUUGGAAGAAGUGACAUUUGAAGAAGGUGCUCAAAUCAUUGGAGCAAAUGCCUUUGCAUGCUGUAAAGCGUUGGCAAAAGUCAAACUUCCCUCUACAUUGCGAAAGAUUCUAAAUAUGGCAUUCCAUCUUUGUUUAGGUUUAUGCACAAUCGAUUUGCCACUUGGUCUCAAAGUCAUUCGAGGCCAUGCUUUUACUGGUGCAGGACUACGUCAUCUGGAAAUUCCUGCAACAGUUGAAACGAUUGGGCCUGCAGCUUUCAAAUACUGUAGACAGUUGGAAUCCCUAAUUCUACCACCGAAGCUGGAGGUGAUCGAGUUUGAACUUUUCUUCAUGUGCACGGAAUUGAAAGAGAUGAAGAUUCCAAGAACAGUAAAAGUAAUUGGGAGCGGUGCUUUCGCAUCUUGUUCAGCGUUGACACAUAUCCGGGUGUCGCCGAAUGUCACUUCCAUUGGAUGCCGAGAAGAAAGCACCAAUUCAGUUUUUGGUGGGUGCGCUUCCUUGCGAUCACUGGAACUUCCAGAAGGAUUGGAAACGAUCGAACUACUCCCCUUUGCAGAUGAGGACCUGCACCCCUUUGCUGAUGAGGAAUUGGAAGACAUCCUCGGAUGGUCAUCUUUGGUGAAUCUGUAUUUGCCUCCAACGCAGACUGUGCACGAUAGAUUCUUGAAUAAAGCAAUUCCUCAAACAUUUCAGCUUGCGAAAGUCGCACAAAAUUGGGAAGAUCUUGCCACAAAGCUACAAAACCGGUUCGAUGGGCUUCCUCUCCACAGAGUCUGCUACUUUCAAAGCUACCAUCUUGUAGAAGACACGAUUCAACAAAUCAGUGAUAUUCUGAGUGAUAAUCCAAGUGCUCUCUUUGAAACGGAUGCUUUUGGAAUGACUCCGUUGCAUAUCGUGGCACUUGCCCAGACGCCAAGACUGGAACUGCUUCAACACCUAGCAUCUGGAUUCGAUGUGCCUCGAACCAAGGAUUUGUUUGGAUCGACCGUUUUGGAAUAUAUUUCCAAGAAUCCGUUUGAGGAAGGAAGGCAUGCGACUCGAUGGUUGGUGAAUCUCCUUGUGGGACAAAGACUAUCUGUUCUGGGGCUGGAUCGAUGGAAGCAAGAGCUAUUGGCCAUGAAGGAAGGAGUCCUAAAGGCUGAUUGUGCAUCGACCAUGAGCCGCAAAGUCCAGUCUCUUUUGGAUGGGCUUGUGAAUUUGGAGUUUCUCGAGGUGCUUUCGUUGAUUGAAAUGGUUCUUUGGAGAAUCAAACUGGGCGAGAAUGCAUCUGAUCAAGGUGGCAUUGAUCGAGAGAGUUGUCGAGUCCAUUGUGGCAUUUCCAUACUCAUUGGGAACAUUUUACCCUUUCUUGGUAAAGACAAUAAAAGAACCUGA